AUGAGCACACUAGUGGACGACGAAAGGAGAAUGUUGAAUGCAAUUGGUCAGUAUUUGCUGGGGGAAGAAUACAUGACGAACGCCCCUUCCACUGCCACUCCGGAGGAACAACAAGCUUCUGAAGAAAGCGAGCCAAGCUUGGAGAUGCGAAACCCAGAGAACAAGGGUUCCAGACUUUGGCUUGGCAGCUAUGACACAGCAAAAGCGGCCGCAGCGGCAUAUGACCGCAAGGCUUUCGAAAUCCGCGGUUCAAAGGCUAUCCUCAAUUUCCCUCUAAAUGUUGAGUCCAGACAGUAUGUGGAUCCGUUUUCUCACCCCUUCUCUUCACACUCUCCAUCUAACAUACCGAAGAAAUGGAAGACACAAGGGAAAGAUGAAGAGCUAAUGGUUGAUGCUCCUGGAGAUUUUGGAGAGCCAGAAAAAACUGGUGAAGUGUUUGUAGAAGAGGUGAUACCGGUGCUUGGAGCAGACAAAACAACAAGGCUGGCCAGUUUUGCUGUCGCCAAAGCAAAUGUAGCAGAACCAAGAGGCUACAUAAAUGGAAGGCAACUGCCCACUCCGGAAUCACUGUUGUCGAAGAAGAAAAAGGCCGCCACAGCAAUAUCAUUCCAGAGCCGUAAGAGACAAAAAAAAAGAGCCGUGGUGAUGAUGAGCACAACAACAGAGGACGAGGGCAAUUUGUGGAGUGCCGUUAUACACUAUUUGCCUGGUUAUCAAUUCAACUCUUGUAAUACCACGAGUGUCCCUUUACAAACAGCCGCAACAGUUUUGGCGGACAAGGAGAAACGAUAUUCUCCAAAUAGCAGGCCAAGCUUCUCGCAAGAAGAAAAUGAAAGGGAAAACAAAAGAGAAGAAAAGCAUUACAGGGGAGUGAAGCUCGUUAAGUCUUGCCGUAAAUAUGCUGCAGAGAUUCGAGACACAGAAAAAAAGGGCUCAAGACUUUGGCUCGGUAGUUUUGAUACGGCAGAAGCAGCUGCAGCGGCAUAUGAUCGUGCGGCUUUCCAAAUGCGCAGUUCCAGAGCUAUUCUCAACUUCCCUCUCAACGUUGAGUCUGGCAUGUAUCUGGAUAUCUUUUCUCAUACCUCUUCUUCUCAUACUCCAUCAAACAUUCCAAAUCAAAAGAAGAGAAAAAGGUUAGAUAAAGCUCAAGCAUCCCAAGAAAUUGGUUCUGAUAAUCCAUAG